AUGGGCGCAAAGGUCCCGCGCAACUUUAGACUCCUCGAGGAGCUCGAGAAGGGCGAGAAGGGUCUCGGAGCAGAGGCUUGCUCCUAUGGUCUUAAUGAUGCCGAGGAUCUUCUCAUGUCCGACUGGAACGGCACCAUUCUGGGACCCCCUCACAGCGUCCACGAGAACCGAAUCUACUCCCUCAAGAUGCAUUGCGGUCCCAACUACCCCGAUGAGCCUCCCACGAUACAGUUUGUUAGCCAGGUUAACCUGCCUUGCGUGAACCCUCGCAAUGGCGUCGUCGACCCCAAGCAGCUGCCCUGUCUCGCCGGCUGGAAGAGAGACAACACUAUGGAGACCAUCCUGAUCGAGCUCAGAAGAUACAUGGCUGCUCCUGCCAACAAGAAGAUCCCCCAGCCUCCCGAAGGCUCCGCCAAUGCUGCAGCAGCAAAGAUGGCUUCGGCGGUAACCAAGGCGGUUCUCUCCCCGCCUCUGCGGCGGGCAUUCGCGCAGUCGCGCAGCUUUCAGACGAGCACCAAGAGUCUGCUCCCCUCGAGCUUCGGCAUCGGUUCCAGCAUUCCUCCAUCCUACUUCCAGAAGCCUUCCCUCCCCGCAAACACCGUCAUCCGCUUUGUCCCUCAGCAGACGGCAUGGAUUGUCGAGCGCAUGGGAAAGUUCAACCGCAUCCUCGAACCCGGCCUGGCUAUCCUCGUUCCCUUCAUUGAUCGCAUUUCCUAUGUCAAGUCACUGAAGGAAAUCGCCAUUGAAAUACCCAGCCAAAGUGCCAUCACCGCCGACAACGUCACCCUUGAGCUGGAUGGUGUCCUCUACACGCGCGUCUUUGACGCCUACAAGGCCAGUUAUGGGGUCGAAGAUGCCGAAUACGCCAUCUCCCAGCUGGCGCAGACCACGAUGCGAUCCGAGAUCGGUCAACUGACCCUCGACCACGUCCUCAAGGAGCGCGCAGCUCUCAACACUAAUAUCACCCAAGCCAUUAACGAGGCUGCCCAGGCUUGGGGCGUCACAUGUCUGCGAUACGAGAUUCGUGACAUCCACGCUCCGGCUGGCGUCGUUGAAGCCAUGCACCGACAGGUCACUGCCGAGCGAUCGAAGCGAGCCGAGAUUCUGGACUCCGAAGGUCAGCGCCAGUCCGCUAUCAACAUCGCCGAGGGUAAGAAGCAGAGUGUGAUUCUCGCUUCCGAGGCCAUGCGCUCCGAGCAGAUCAACAGGGCGUCCGGUGAGGCCGAGGCUAUCCUCAUGAAGGCCAAGGCCACAGCAGCUGGUAUCGACGCUAUUGCAAAGAGCAUUGCUGAUGGCGAGGAUGCGGCCAAGGGUGCCGUCAGCUUAUCCGUCGCUGAGAAGUACGUGGACGCCUUUGCCAAGUUGGCCAAGGAGAGCACGGCUGUUGUUGUUCCUGGCAACGUGGGUGACAUUGGCGGCAUGAUUGCCACCGGUCUCAGUGUUUACGGCAAGGUUGGCGAGGCGCAGGCCAGGACAAUGGCGAAGCAGGUCGUCAACCACGAGUCGCAAGAGCCUGAGGGCAACGAGGAUAAGGACCUGAAGGACACUGUACUUGAUACCUUUGAUGAGGCAGCUGGACAGAAAUGA